AUGUCCCUUCCCGCAGACUUCAAAUGGGGCUUUGCCACAGCUUCCUAUCAGAUCGAGGGCGCCAUUGACAAGGAUGGCCGAGGCCCCGCUAACUGGGAUACCUUCUGUGCCCAGGCUGGCAAGAUCGCAGAUGGCAGUUCUGGUGUUACCGCCUGUGACUCUUACAACCGAACUGCUGAGGACAUCUCUCUUCUCAAGUCCCUAGGCUCCAAGGCCUACCGGUUCUCUAUCUGCUGGUCUAGAAUUAUCCCACUCGGUGGUCGUAAUGACCCUAUCAACCAGGCUGGAAUCGACCACUAUCGCAAGUUCGUUGAUGACCUGCUUGAUGCCGGCAUUACUCCAUUCAUCACUCUUUUCCACUGGGAUGUUCCUGAUGAGCUGGAUCGCCGAUAUGGUGGUCUGAUGAACCGCGAGGAGUUCCCUCUUGACUACGAGCGUUAUGCCCGUGUCAUGUUCGAGGCGAUCCCCCGCUGCAAGAACUGGAUCACCCACAACGAGCCCUGGUGCUCAGCCAUUCUUGGUUACAGCACAGGCUCCAACGCUCCUGGUCGCUGCUCUGAUCGCAAUAAGUCUGACGUUGGUGACUCUUCUACUGAGCCUUGGAUAGUUGGCCACAACCUUCUUGUCGCCCACGGCCGCGCCGUCAAGAUUUACCGUGAGGAGUUCAAGCCCAAGAACGGUGGUGAGAUUGGAAUCACCCUCAAUGGCGAUGCCACAUAUCCUUGGGACCCCAAGGACCCAAGGGAUAUCGAGGCUGCCGAACGCAAGAUUGAAUUUGCUAUCUCCUGGUUCGCCGACCCCAUCUACUUUGGAGACUACCCAGCCUCGAUGCGUGCCCAGCUCGGUGAUCGCCUCCCUACGUUUACACCAGAGGAGAAGGCCCUUGUCUUGGGCUCAAACGAUUUCUAUGGCAUGAACCACUACACAGCCAACUAUGUUAAGCACUGUGAGGGUGAGGCUGCCCCCGAGGACUUUGUUGGCAACCUUGAGCUUCAUUUCUGGAACCACCGAGGCGACUGCAUUGGCGAAGAGACCCAGUCUACCUGGCUGCGACCGUGUGCCCAAGGUUUCCGCGACCUGCUUGUCUGGAUCUCUAAGCGUUACGGCUUCCCCAGAAUGUAUGUCACUGAGAACGGCACGAGCAUCAAGGGCGAGAACGACAUGCCACGGGAGAAAAUCCUCCAAGAUGACUUCCGUGUUCAGUACUACGACGAUUACGUCAGGGCCAUGGCUGAUGCUUCGCGACUCGACGGUGUGGAUAUCCAUGGCUACUUCGCCUGGUCUCUGCUAGAUAACUUCGAGUGGGCUGAGGGUUAUGAGACUCGAUUCGGCGUGACUUACGUCGACUACGAGAACGACCAAAAGCGUUACCCCAAGAAGAGUGCCCAGCACUUGAAACCCUUGUUCGACAGUCUCAUCAAGAAGGAGGAGAACGGCUUGAACGGUGUGGGCAAAGUCAAGGCAGGACAAACUUGA